AUGAACGGCGGGACGUACAGGGACUCUUCCUCCGCCAACAUGCACCAUGCGACGGGCUCGUACGGCUACAGCUACAAUGGCAUGGACCUGACCGUCAGCAACCGGGGAGGGGGGAGCGGCGGCGCCAACAGCGGAGGACAUUUCGGGGGCGGCUCGGUCGUCGGGGACUCCCGGGGCUUCGGCUCCCCAACCCCGGAGACAGACUUUCGACAGACGUCCAGCUGCUCCCUCGCCUCUGCAGCGGAUUCCCUGUUGUUACCCGGCAGCGGAGACGCCAAGUUGGGCGCCCGGAGCUCGUCGCCCCGCUCGGAGCAACCAGGAAGCCGUAAUCUCGGAUCUCCAAACCUGUCCUCCACCUCCUCCUCCAGCGGCGGCGGAGGGAGCACGGUGCAGCGUUUCACGGAGCUGGACGACGCGUCGCCGGACACCGAGGAGUUGCAGCACAACCCGCCGCCCAGGACCGGGCACCCGCAACGCGUGCAGAGGCAAGAGGGCGGCCCGGCGGGAUCAGCCGCCGGCGGCACGACGGGCAGCGAGGCUCAGCCGCCACAGAUAUUCCCCUGGAUGAGAAAGCUGCACAUUAACCAUGAUAUGACAGGCCCGGACGGGAAGAGGGCGCGCACGGCGUACACGCGCUACCAGACGCUCGAGCUGGAGAAGGAGUUCCACUUCAAUCGGUACCUCACGCGGCGGCGGCGGAUCGAGAUCGCCCACGCGCUCUGCCUCACAGAGCGCCAGAUCAAGAUCUGCCUCUACUCCACUCCCCGCUGUCUCUGCUCUCGUGGUUCAUAUUCCGGGAUAUUCCGCGGGAAUAAGUCCAGGUCAGCGGACCUGUCGGCGGCCGCUCGAUUGGACGACAAGAGGCCCACCCGGGCCAUUACCAAUGCCGAUGAAUAG